AGGCGGGGUCCUUUUCUGGGGCGGUCGCGCAGGUAGCGGACGCGAAAAGUCGGACUCCGAGAGUCAUGUACUACAAGUUUAGUGGCUUCACGCAGAAGUUGGUGGGAGCAUGGGCUUCGGACGCCUAUAGUCCGCAGGGAUUAAAGCCUGUGGUUUCCACAGAAGCACCACCUAUCAUAUUUGCCACACCAACUAAACUGACCUCCGAUUCAGCGUAUGAUUAUGCUGGGAAAAACAAAGUUCCAGAGCUGCAGAAGUUUUUCCAGAAAUCUGACGGUGUGCCUGUCCACCUGAAACGCGGCCUGCCUGACCAAAUGCUUUACCGGACCACCAUGGCGCUGACUGUGGGAGGGACCAUCUACUGCCUGAUUGCUCUCUACAUGGCUUCACAACCCAAAAACAAAUGAGUGAGGCUGCAGAGGACUGGUUUGCUAUUUGGCAUAAACCCUUUGAAUUUCCAUUUUCAUUAUUUCUGUUAAAUUUAUUUUUUUUUUUUACUCGGAUGGCCUGGCCUACUUAACGUUUUUGCAAGAAAAACAAAGAUAUGAAGACAAUAUUUUGGUUUGUUUAUGAAAUGUAUAUGGCUUGUCAGAGAUCAUUUGACAGUUAAAACUAUUGUUUUAAGAAAUGACACUGCGCUCUUGUAUUUGUGCUCCUGAUUUCCCUGGAGGUUCUGGAUGAAGGUUCCAUAUGGGCUCAUUAACAUCAGUCUGUGCUGAGGACCUUGGAGACUUAUGAUUGCAUUUUUGAAUAUGGGUGCAGAAGCCUUUCUGGAUUUGGAUGUGACUGAGGAAGGCAGACAGACACCAAGCAAGGCCAGGUGCACGAAAUGGGGGGUUCGAGUUAGUAGUCACCUUGGGGAUUUUUCCAUUUUGCAGUAAAACGUUAAUAGAAAUUAUUUGUCGGGCAGUUCAUUUCAAAGGGUUAUUUGCCUAAUCUCACAUCUUCAGUGAAAUUUUAUGUGUAAUUGUUUUGUAUUUAUUCCACCAUGGGAACAGAGAGCACCUGUUUAGUGUUGCGCUUUAGACUGCUGUUUUGUUAAGGCGGCUGUGCCACAAAUUCUCCUUUAUCUUUUAAAAAUGUUAUGGCUUUAAAUUAUGAUUUAUUUUGACUGUGGAAUAAAUACAUGAAUGAAAAA